AUGUUAACUUGUUCAAUAAUCACAAAUUUGAGCAAUGUUAAUUCAUCUAGAGCAAUAAUAGCAAGACUUGAUGAAGCAAAUCAAGGGAGUAUAGUGGAGUGUUUUAAUGCAUUUGGGGAGAUAAAAUCCUGUUCGAAUGAGAUAAUUGCUUAUUUCACAAUAGGAACAAUUGAUGUUGACUUGCCUUGUUGCCAAGCAAUUUCUGUCAUUACACAUCAUUGCUGGCCUAGUAUGCUUACUUCACUUGGGUUCACUCUUGAACAAACUAAUAUAUUGAGAGGUUAUUGUGAUGCUACUCACAAUGUUUCAUCUAAUUAUGGUCCUGCUCCUUCUCCUUCUCCAUUGGUGCUGCCUAAUUUGGAUAUAAAGAAGGGAGGUGACUGGAAAUGA